UCAAUAUAACUAUGUUAUUUUAAAGACGUUCAAAUUCUGUUAGAAAAAUGUCAUAUUACGGAGAUGGGAGAGGGUAUAGGCCGGCUAGAAUUAACUAUUUGCCUAAUAUUGAUUCUAAUCUGCUUGCUACGGUACGCGAUGAGAUGGURAAAAAGGAAGAGGAGAAGAAAGAACAACAAAGAAGGAAGGAGGCCGAGAAUCGAAAAGUGGCUGGCUACUUGACACAACUACAGGCGAUGGUCAGGGAACUACCAGGGAACAUGAAAAGCAAKCUUACCUUYGAUGUUUUAAAUACAAUAGCCACGUCUUUGUUAGACGGUACAGUUUUUGAGAUUGUCAAAGGGUUAGAAGAUAUUCAACAACUGACUGAGAGGAAUUUACUGAACAGAAGAAUGAAAGUCAUUAAUUCGCAUAAAGCCCAGAAAAUGGAAAUGAGUAAAAGGCACAGUAAAAAUAUUGAAGAUUGUCAGCAAAGACCUCACAACCUUCCAGUUGUUGAGAGGGAUAAUCUAGAAGAACAACAGAAAUUAGAAGCAAAACUUGAAAACGAAAUGCUACAGCUUGACCAAAARGUGGUUCUGGAACUGGAUCAAAUUGUYAGUGACCAACAAGCCACACUUGAGAGAGCUGGUGUUCCUCUCUUCUUCAUCACCAAUAACUCAGAUGAUGUUCGAGUUCAAAUGAAUAUUUUAGAUUUCAUUCAAAGGCUAAUGCCAACAAGUUGACAGAUAUUUCCUAAUUUACUAGUUACUAUAUAAUGCAAAUUUAUAAAAGAUCUUAAUGAAAAUGAUUUAAAUAGUAUCUUUCGGUUGAUCGCAUAGUGUAUCACUGUAUGCAAUGCAGUCAAGUCUCACCCCAUGUAAGAGAAUCCUGAAUCCAUAAUGCAAUGUUUCAAAAUCCAGAAUUUAGCACUCAGGAAUCCUCUAGUUCUCUGGAUUCUCUUACAUAGGGCGACUAACUAGUCUUGUAUAAGAGAUACGUUUGGGAGCAUAUUUAAGCAUCUGCAAGAAGGAAAACUUUUAUUUGAAUAGGGUAUCAUUAAAGGCCCAGUGUGCACCAUUAAGCUUUGGGGGUGCGAUGUCAGUAUACUGAAAGUCUAUACUGAACUGUACUGUGCUUUUCGAAUACGCUCUUAUCUUGACCAUCUCACUUUUCCAAGCACUUUCAACGCCAAUAUUAGAGUUUUCAACCAUCGGACAUUCCUUUUAUGGUGAUAUUUGGAUACUAGAAGUAUUUUUUAUCUAAAAUCUUAACAAUAACAGGCGCACAAAGCAUAGUGGUGCAAACUUUGCCUUUAACUACCUGUUUUUAGUUUAGUUAGUUAGGCGGAUGACUCCGAGAUUUGACAAUGGCACUCCAAACGACCCUGUCUUCCAUCAACGUAGCCAGCUCGUGUGAGCUGAUUGCYCCYGUGUCGCGCUUGAGGGWRUCUACAUAAUUCGAUUGAGGUCUUCCUCUGGACCGCGUUCCGUGAGUUGCCUUCCCACAGGAUCAAUACUACCUGUAAUGGGCUAAAUUUUGCUAUAUUUGUACUCUGGAACUCACAAAGCAAAAAAGAAAGAAAAGAAAAAAAAACAGAAAAAUGGGGAAAUCUUAAUGCAUUGUUAAAUCUUUUAUUAGAUUUAUCGCUUUUAUUUCAUAAUCCAGUACUCUCUACUGGGCAAUGCUUCUCUCACACAUGACUGGAAAUUUUGAGGUGCAGUACAUGUCGUUCCAUUGCCCAAAGACAUUCGCUUGGUUGAUGUWCAUCAUUCCACAUUCUUCUUUGACGUUAUUGGGCUCAUUUUGCUUCCAUUUAGAAAACAGGCCAGACAGGGAAGAUCCAUCAAUCCACUUAAACUUUGUGGUGGAAUCUUUUUUUUUAAGAAAACGUGUAUAUUUCAAAGAUAUGAUAAAUGUAUUAGAGCUAAUGCAGGAAAAUCAUGAAAUAAAAUCAAACUAAAUACUAACAAAUAACGGCUAUUUACAGACAAAUUGUCAGUAUGAAUGAGCCAGAACACAAUAAAGAUGAUUGAAAAUGAUCCCAUCAUUGUGUUCUGGUUCAUUGAUACUGACAAUUUGUCUGUAAAUAGCCGUUAUUUGUUAGUAUUUAGUUUGAUUUUAUUUCAUGGUUUUCCAGCUGUGUUUGCUCUAUUCACGGGUGACGCAAUGAUAAACCAAUACUUUAAUUACCUCUGUGGAGUCCAAUCCAUACGUAUGCCUGGGCCUGGGCCAGAUUAGCAACAUAGCUGUUUUUUUGUGGGGAUUUGAUGGUUACCAUGUCUCCUCCAAUGGCUAUGCAUGCUUUGCGGGCGUCGUUCCAGGUGURAGUUGUGGUGAUUAACUUAAAGCAUGAGUGUUUGUCAGGAAUCCAUCCCUUUGGGCAAGCAUUGCCAUGACCAGRAUUUCCGUUUUCUAAAAAUAAAAGUUUAUCUUUUUUUGUUU